UUCUUAGAUAUUAAAUCUUGCAGCAUACUAAAAGUGUCACGUUCUUAUUGUUUAUCGUUACAAGGACUUAGAACCUGUACGCCCAGGUCAACCUAACACGAUAUCUACUUACUUACUAACUUACUUAUUUUAUUUUAUAAUUUUUGCGUAGAAAGCGGAAACACUGGCCCCCUCCCCCUUUUUUAAAAACAUAUUUCUCUACAAAAAUCCAGCAACCACUCGUGUAUGUCAUGUGAACAGGACUUAAUACACUAAUAAUGGGCGGGACGUAGCCCAGUGGUAUUUAGCGUCCGCCUGAUGUGUGGUCAAUUUGGGAUCGAUCCCCGUUGGUGGGCCCAUUGGGCUAUUUCUCGUUCCAGCCAGUGCACCACGACUGAUAUAUGGAAGAAAUUAGGCGGGGUUGUUUCAAAAGUGUUCUAAUUAAAUAAUCCACGUACAUUAAUAUAAUUAUUAUAUAGUUUUUAAUUUAAAUAUAUUAUUUAAUAUUCAGGUACAUAGAAUCAGAUGGUCAGUCGUCAUGCUGAUAUGGUUCUUGGCACACAAACUUGUUCACAUUUUCCUCACUCUGUAAGUCAGACUCGGACUAGGCACAAACUAGAUCUACCGUAGAAAUGGCGACGGGUCAGACAAGUUUAGGUCGUUUGAAUGGCAAAAUUGCACUGAUUACAGGAGCAAGUUCUGGGAUCGGUGCAGGAACUGCCAUAUUGUUUGCUAAACUCGGAGCCAGACUUGCAAUCACUGGUAGAAAUGUAGACAAUCUCAGAAAAACUGCCUUGGAAUGCCAGAGUCACGGACAAGAAAAGCCGCUGGAGGUGGUCACCCAUACAUAUGUCCCUGUGAACAACGCUGGUAUCGUACAAUUUGGAACCAUUGAGAUGGCGUCGCUGCAGCAGUAUGACAACAUAAUGGACACCAACACAAGAACCAUGUAUCAUGUGACCAUGCUGUGUGUUCCACAUCUCAUCGAGACUAAAGGCAACAUCGUCAACGUAUCCAGUGUCAAUGGCAUACGAUCUAUUGAGAACAUGCUGGAUUACUGCAUGUCUAAGAGUGCUGUCGACCAAAUGACUCGAUGCACAGCUUUGGAACUGGCCUCUAAACAAGUGCGAGUAAAUUCAGUCAAUCCCGGCUUUGUAGUAACAGAUAUCCACAGACGUGCAGGGAUCAAUGACGAUCAAUACCAACAGUAUCUUGAACAUGUUCGAAAUCUUUAUCCACUUGGAAGACCAGGUGAGGUGGAGGAUGUUGCCAAGGUGAUAGCAUUUCUAGCCUCAGAUGAGGCGUCCUUCAUCACGGGAGCCUCAGUUCCUAUUGACGGUGGCAGACAUGUGAUGUGUCCGCGAUAAAACAUUUACAGUUAUAAAAAUAAACAUCUGUAACAUGAGUCGGACAGCAAUAAAGAUCUUACAGUGAA